AUGGUAAAGGACGCCGGAAUUAAAGGUGUGAAUUACGUUUCCGAAGGUUCAAAGGGUAUUCGUAUUCUAAUUACAAUUUCCGAAUCCAUCGAUAUGAUUGACUGCUGGCUCAAAAGUCCGGAGGACAGGAUUCACCUAGGUGAAUCUACGGAUAUCGUACAUAAUUGGUUUCCUAACUUUGUAACCCGGACGGAGCAGAUGGAGGAGGAGGAGAUUUUGGCGGAGGCACGGAUAGGAGAGAUGGAAAUGUUGGAGGAGAUGAGAGUAAGACACGAAGAGGAGACGGACGAGGAGAGGUUGAUGCGUGAGUGUGAAGAGGAUACAAUGUUUGAUAAAUAUUUAAGGGAAGUGUAUGAGAAUAAUGAAUUGGUUGAUACGCCGGUAAUGGCUGGGAUGCGAAAUGUUCUAUUCGGUAAAGAUUGA